AUGUACAAGGCAUUGGAGCGCAUUAUCCUGGACCGACUUGUUAAACAUCGCGAAGAAACAACGCGCGACGAGCAAGCUGGCUUUCGUCCUGGUCGAUCUACGAUUGACCAGGUGUUCAUUGUCAGGGUAGUGAUCGAAAUCUGGCAGCGGUAUUCGAAGCCAAUGCAACUAGCGUUUCUGGACUUUGAAGCCGCGUUCGACUCUCCUUACCGAGGCCGUCGAACACCAGCUGGAUGUACAACACCGUUUGAAGUGGUAACUGCAGUAAGACAAGGGGCAGUGGCAGGACCUUUCCUGUUCAAUUUCGCAACCGACGACAUUAUGCGAAGAACAGUCGACCAGUGUCCUGCCGACAUUGUCUUAGCACCAUCUGGGUGCCCCUUGACUGACCUCGAGUACGCCGACGAUGUUGUUAUAUUCGCGGAAAGCAGUACGAAACUUCAACAUGUUGUCAACCUUGUAUCGAAACUGGCUGCAGCCUAUGGACUACGUCUACGCCCUGAUAAAUGCAAGCAGAUGUGGAUCUCCUCGACACCCCGAACAGGAAUCAAUGUGGGCGGACAGACGAUAGAACUGAUCGAUGAGUUCUGUUACUCUGUUCUAAGGAGUUUGAUGUAUAGACCGAAGAUUUGGCCAGCACCAUCUACGGUGCAAAUCUUCGAUGGAGAGGGUUGA